CUUUCCCCACCCCACGCGUCGGGGUUCAACCCUUCCGCCCUUACCUGGGAAACACCCCCUUCGGGAUUGCAGCAGCCCCGGCGGUAACAGACCCAGGCUUCAGUGAGGGAAGAAUGGCAGCGACCCAGCACGGAUCUGGGGACCCAGUCAGGCAGCCCAGAAAGAGGGAGAUUAUCCAAACCGAUGUAAAGACCCACUAACAACAUGUGUGACUCUGUCUACGAGGCUGGGACAGGAUAUGAGGUGCGAAGAAUCCAGUUGCAACCAAGUGGUGUAUCAAAAAAAGAUGCCAUCUCAAUAUUGGUUUAUGUUUAUUUUCCACUGACCCUCUGGGUGAAGAUAUCCUAGACCAUUACUCUACCUGAAUAUGUUCCAGGUCAUCCGAUGUUACAUCACCAGGUUAAGAGAUAUGGAGAUCUCCACAAGGAUUUGGAGAAGAGUCCCAAUAAUUAUUAAAAUUCUGGACUAGAUCUAUUAGGAAAGGUAGAUGGACUAUAAGGCACUUGCCCAAGAAACUGCUCAAGAAGUUUUAGAAUACAGUCAAGAUACAUCAGGCUGGAAAGUGGUUAAGACUUCAAAAAAGAUAACUGUUUCCAGCAAGGCUUCUAAAAAAUUCCAUGGAAAUCUAUAUCGUGUUGAAGGAAUAAUUCCAGAAUCAAUAACUAAACUGUCUGAUUUCCUCUACAAACCUGAAAACAGAGUUGCAUGGGAUAAAUCAUUGAAAGUGUAUAAUAUGGUACACAAGAUUGAUUUGGACACAUUCAUAUGUCAUACCAUUACACAAAGUUUUGCCAUGGGCUCAAUUUCCCCCCGAGACUUUAUCGACUUAGUGUACCUCAAGCACUACGAAGGGAAUAUGGAUAUUAUCAGUUCUAACAGUGUGGAUUUUCCAGCAUAUCCUGCAUCUUCAAAUUAUAUCCGUGGUUAUAACCAUGCUUAUGACUGUAUAUGUUCUCUGCAAGAGAACCCAGCACAUUCCAAACUAGUGAUGUUUAUCCAGACAGAAAUGAGAGGAAAAUUCUCCCCAUCAGUAAUUGAAGCAACCAUGCCUUCCAACUUAGUAAGCUUCGUCCUCAGUGCCAAGGAUGGAAUAAAGACACUCAGAGCUCCAGUAGGAUGUGGGUACCAUUCAUAGCAGUCACUCAUCAUUCCUAAAGAAGUGAGCCGUAGAAAAGCAUGUGUGGCAGUUACUGCAGUUUACUUCCAAGUCAGUAUGCAUAAACACUGUUAAACUAUUCUAGACCGUAUCCUUGUACAAAUUACUGAAGGCAUUCUGUGGAAAUAAGAACUCCUAGUUGUACAAGAGAACAGCAUUAAAUAUAGUUUUUAAUCAUAUAAGAAUGAUGUUAAUAACAAGUGUUCUUAAUGCACUUUUAUCUGUUGCUUUUUUUCCCCUGGAAAAUACUCUGCAAAAGGAUCAGUAAGAAAACAUACACAGUCAGAGGUCAGCACUAAUUAAAAAUUAAAAUAUAUUUUUAAUUGUUUUUUCUUUGCUUACUGCUUAAAUUGAUCAUUUACAAAUAAAAAGAUCAUUUUAUGAUCUUCUCAUAAAAAUUGAGAAGAAUUCCAAUAGAAUGUAUGAAGAAUGGUAUCUAAAAUUUAAAAUUGAAUGAAUCAUGAAUCAGUUUCUGGUUCUGGCCAAGCUGUAGUAACCCAUUCCUCCCAAAUCCUUCCUCUUAAAACUAAAAGACUCUGCAUAGAAGCAUAUGAAGAUUCAAGCAUGUGUAAAAAGAAGGCGGCAAACUGCCUAGUGACCUUAGGACUUGAGGAAUGACAUAGCAGUCAUUGUCGGGGUCUCCUUGUUGCCUUCCAUAUAUUCCAAACAGGAACCUGGAACCACCACCUGGCAGGAACAACAACAAAAGCUUCUUCCUCAUAGCUCUAGAAGUAGCUAUGAACAAAAGGGUGGCCUAAUGGAACAAAAUCUACAGCAGCCAAACAUCAACCUAAAAACUGUGCCCACUCACUCUUUGGUUUCAGUGGGGCAAAGUAGAGAGAUGAUCUUACACUCCACCUUGCUUCCAUCCCACAGAAGCAGGUGGUGGUGCUCUGACAGAGUUGAGCAGAAGUAGCACUAUGACUGCCCUUCCAGGUGGUAUAGGCUGACUAACCUGGGGGCUGAUUUUCCAUCUUCCACCCAGCAAAAGCAGGUAGUGGUCCUCUGAUAUCCCUCCUGGGGUAGUGUCAGUUGGGGUCCUGUGUCCCCCACUUAGCAACAACAAGACUUAGCCAGCUAGUGCAAAGAAGUGUGGGUCACUAUUCACUGCCCUGCCCCGAACCCCAGUGUCACCAAGGCCCAGCAGGAUGCUGCACCUCCAUGCCCACCCAAUGCAUUCCAGUGGUUUCCCCUCUGUAGUGUGUUGAACGAUGACCUCCAAAAGAUAUGUCCUUGUCAAAUCCCUGGAACCUUAAAUGUGACCUUCUUUGGAAAAAUGAUCUUUUCAGGUAUAAUUAAGGACCUCAGAAUGAGAUCAUCCUGGAUUAUUUGAGUGGGUCCUAAAUCAAACCUAAUCAUUAAGUGUUCUUAUGAGAGAUGUACAAAAGGGAGACACAGUGGAGGAGGCAGAAGAGAGUCAAAGAUUGGAGCUUUGCAACCACAAGCCAAUGAACACUUAGAGCCACCAGAAGCUGGAAGAGGCAAGGAAGAUUCUCCCCAAAGCCUUCAGAGUAGGCUGCUGACACUUUGAUUUUAGACUUCUGGUCCCAGACUAUGAGAGAAUAAAUUUCUGGGUUUUUUAAGCCACCAAAUUUAUGGUAAUUUGUUACAGUAGCCAAUGACUUUAGUCAAAAUUAAAAAUGUAUACUCUAGGAAGGACCCUGUGAAGAAAAUAAAAAGAUAGGCCACAGCCUGGAACAAAAUAUUUGCAAGAUAUUUCUGUCAAGGACUUGUAUCUAGAAUAUGUAAAGAACUUUGAAAACUCAAACUCAACAGUAUUAAAAAAUCCUAUUAGAGGGGCACCUGGGUGGCUUAGUCGGUUAAGUGCUUGACUCUUGAUUUCAGCUUAGGUCAUGAUCUCAGGAUCAUGAGUUCGAGCCCCCCAUUGGGCUCCAUGCUCAGCAGGGAGUUGGCUUGAGAUUCUCUCUUUCCCCCUCUCUGGCCUCCUCUAUCUCUAAAAUAAAUACAUCUUUUAAAAAAAAUCCUAUUAGAAAAUGGACAAAAGACAUUUCAGUGAAGAGUAUAUGUAGACGGCAAGUUCACAAAAUGACAUUCAACAUCACUGGCCACUAGGUAAAUGCAAAUAAUAACCACAUUGAGUUAUCAGUACACACUUGUCAGAAUGGAUAAAAUUUAAAAAAACAUAGGGAUUAUGUCAAGUGUUAUUAGUGAGGAUGUAGAGAAACUGGAUCACUAAUACAUUGCAGGUGGAAAUGUAAAAUGGUACAGCUACGCUGAAAAAGACUAUGGCAGUGUCUUACAAAAUGAAACAUUGCAUUUACUAUGCAACCCAACAAUUGCACACUUUAUCCCAAGAAAUGCAAAUGUUCAUAUAAACACCUGUACACGGGGCGCCUGGGUGGCUCAGUCGUUAAGCGUCUGCCUUCUGCUCAGGUCAUGAUUCCAGGUCCUGGGAUCGAGCCCCGCAUCGGGCUCCCUGCUCCGCAGGAGGUCUGCUUCUCCGUCUCCCACUCCCCCUGCUUGUGUUCCCUCUCUCGCUGUGUCUCUCUCUCUGUCAAAUAAAUAAAUAAAAUCUUAAAAAACAAAAAAACAAAAAAACCUGUACACAAGGGCACCUGGUGGCUCAGUCGGUUAAGUGUCUGAUUCUUGACUUCGGAUCAGGUCAUGGUCUCGGGGCUCUGAGAUUGAGCCCCGUGUUGGGCUCCGUGUUGGGCAUGGAACCUGCUUGAGAUUCUCUCUCCCUCUCCCUCUGCCCCUCCCCCAUCAGCUCUCGCUCUCUCUCAAAACAACAACAACAAAAAACCUGUACACAAAGAUUCACAGCAGUUUUAUUAUAAAUAGCCCCAAACAGGCAAAAACUCACAUAUCCGUUAACGGGUAAACAAACUGUACUAAUCCAUACAUGAAAUACUACUAAGCAAUACAAAGGAACAAUCUAUUGAUACAAUUUAGAUGGUCUCAAGGGAAUAUUGCUGAGUGAAAAACGCCAAUCUCAAAAGGUUAAAUAGUAUAUUAUUCCAUUUAUGGCAUUCUUGAACUGACAAAAUGAUGGAUAUGGACAACAGAACUAGAGGUUUGCUGGGAUCAAGGAGGUGGGGCCAAAUAGGGAGGCGAUUGUGGUUUUGGAAGGGUAGCAGGAGGGAUCCUUGUGAUAAACCUGUGUGACUGUGAUGAUGGUCAUAUGAAUCUACAUAUGAUAAAACUGCUCAGAAUUGAACACACACACACAUGCACAUACACAUAAAUGCGUGCAUGUAAAACUGGAGAUAUCUGAUUAAAAUCAGUGGAUUGUUCCAAUGUGGAUUUCCUGAUUGUGAUAUUAUACUACAUUUAUGCAAGAUACUACCAUCGGGGGAAACUGGGUGAAGGAAAUAUGGCAUCUCUCUGCAUUAAUUUUUUUACAACUACAUGCAAAAACACAAUUAUCUCAAAAAAAGAUAGAAAAAAAUUUAAAAACCUAUCCAACCCUCCCAAAUUGAAUGAAUCAUAAAAUUAUAAACUAUAAGGCUAUCUCAGAGUCAAUAUCAUGUGUUUUUAAAAAUUUUAUUUUUAACCUAUCACAGAUCUCAUUUUUUUACCAAUAUAGUUGAUGUGUUUACAUUAGAAGUACUUGUUUAACAGUCUUUACAAGCAAUUCCUCCACUCAAGAGUUUCUAAUCUGGUUGUAUGGAAUGAUUGUUAAGGAGAUACCUAACCCCAUCAAAAAGUCUGCUUUUGUUUAUAAAUAUUAUAUACCAAAUCUCAAAUAUAUAGAGAGGUACACACCUUUUUGGGAGUUGUCGCUUGAACAGCUUCUGAUGUUUCACAGAAAAUUAUGUCAAAAUUCAAGUGUAAGAAGAUGCAGAAGUACCAUUCUCAUGAAGAAUGAUUAAAUUUUUCAUAGCAAAGUAACUAACUCCUCUAAUAAUCACCUUCUAGAUGCAGAAGUUCCUCUACUAGCCUCCUUUGUGUGAGAAAGGAUGCAUGGAAACCUGGUCGGGAGGGGGACGGGAGGGCAUAGUGGGAAAGAUGCUGGGAAGUAUGGAGAAAACCACUGUGAUGUUGAAGAGCAGCUUGACUAAAGGAAGUCUCUGACUUCUGUCCCCAACUCCUUGGAUGCUGGUCUCCCUAAAACUCUGCAAAUUCUGAGUAUUUUUCCUUUUCUAACAAAAUUUUCAAAAGACAUAAUGAAAGAUGCAAUUAUACUAUGAUUUAGAAUGUACCUUAUUUUGUGAAUAUGCCACUUCUACUAUUUUCCAAUUUAGACUGUACUUUCAGAAGAAUGUGAGCCUUUUAGCCACAAACACACAAAUCACAAAAUUACACAUUUUAAUACAGUACAUUUUUCCAAGAAAGACAAAUGAUUUUUGAAACUGUU